AUGGUGUGCAAACGACUAUUUACCCGACGCGAGUAUUACUUCUCCAUCAUGCUUGACCGAAACACAAAUGGUCCUAUCAUUAUCGGAUCAAGCCGUGGUGGUGUCAACAUUGAGGAAGUAGCGGCUACUGAACCAGAAGCUAUUGUGAAGGUGCCGAUUGAUAUGUCCACUGGAAUAACUCCUCAGAUUGCCUCGGAUAUUGCGGCGAAGAUGGGAUUCAAGGGAGACUCUGCCAAACAGGCUUCUGACAUGAUUGCUAAGCUCUAUAAUCUCUUCCGAAAGUCUGAUGCUACCCUUCUGGAAAUCAAUCCUAUGGCUGAGGAUGUUAACGGCGAUGUCUACUGCAUGGAUUGCAAAUUGCUUUUGGACUCAAACGCUGAGUUCCGUCAAAAAGAUCUAUUUGCCAUGAAAGACACAAAACAGGAAGAUCCCCUUGAGAUUCGUGCUGCAGCUGCCAACCUCAACUACAUUCGCCUGGACGGAAAUAUCGGAUGUUUGGUCAAUGGUGCUGGUCUGGCUAUGGCUACUAUGGACAUCAUCAAACUGCAUGGCGGUGAUCCUGCAAACUUCCUUGAUGUAGGAGGUGGUGCUACUGUCGAGCAGGUCACGGAGGCCUUCAAAAUCAUCACGGCGGACAAGAAGAAGGUCAAUGCCAUUCUUGUGAACAUUUUUGGUGGAAUUAUGCGUUGCGAUGUUAUUGCUCAAGGAAUCAUCAAAGCUGCUAAGGAACUUGAUCUCAAAAUCCCGAUCGUUGUCCGUCUGCAAGGAACAAAGGUAGAUGAUGCCAAGGCUCUCAUUGCCAAUUCACAAUUAAGGAUUUUGCCCUGCGAUAACCUUGAUGAGGCCGCCAAAAUGGUUGUGAAACUAUCGGACAUUGUCAACCUGGCUCGAGCAGCUCAAAUUGACGUGAAAUUCGAAUUGUCCAUCUAG